ACGAGUUCACAAAAAAACAAAAACUCCAUCAUCUUGGAAGAAAGCGAACCCUGUCACAAACUGUUAGGCUCUAUCCAAGAAGGGAGAAAACAUUAGCGAAAACCCACACCCAAUCUAUAACCACAGAGCUGAGAUUCCAUGUCCUGCAUCCCCAACCUCAUAUAGUGCACCCUCCCCUUUCUCUUUCUCUCUCCCUCUCAAUGUUUCGCAGAUUCCUCACCACCUCUCUCUCUCGCACCAAUCCUCCCCUCCUCCUCAACCCAAAACCACUCAACCCUAAAAUCUUCACAACCCCCAAUUCCCUUAUCCAAACACGCCCUAACCCGAAAAUCAUUCUCCAAUUUUCUUCGAACCCACGAUUCUUCUCCCAAAUGAGCGAUGCUCGACGACCCGGUUCGGUUCCCAUACCCAACAUCGAAAAAGCCGACCGCUCCGAGCUUCUUCGUGCUCUCGAGGCCUCUCUUGGCUCAGCUUUCAGCCCUGAGCCACUCUGGCCCAAUCCCAGUCCCCUGGUUAUUGUCAUAAGCGGUCCAAGCGGUGUGGGCAAGGACGCUGUGAUAAAAAAGCUCAAGGAUUUGAACGAAAACUUGCAUUUUGUGGUCACGGCGACGAGCCGGGAAAUGCGGCCCGGUGAAGUUCAUGGUAAAGAUUAUUACUUUGUGAGCAAAGAGGAGUUUCUUACAAUGGUUGAGAGAAAUGAGCUUUUGGAAUAUGCAUUGGUGUAUGGAGACUAUAAGGGUAUACCAAAACAGCAGAUAAGGGAUUAUAUGGGAAAAGGGUAUGACAUAGUUUUGAGGGUUGACAUUCAGGGUGCUCAAACUUUGAGGAGGAUUCUUGGGAAUUCGGCUGUUUUUAUCUUUUUGAUGGCAGAGAGUGAAGCCAAGCUUGUGGAGAGGUUGAUUGAUAGGAAAACUGAGACUAAGGAGUCUCUUCUUGUUAGAAUUGCCACUGCCAGGGAGGAGGUGAAGCAUGUUAACAAUUUUGACUAUGUUGUGGUCAAUGCAGAGGGGAGGUUAGACAAUGCUGUGAAGUUGGUCGAGUCCAUUAUCGACGCAGAGAAAGCUAAGGUCCGGCAGAGGCAUUCUGUGAUAUAGCUUUGGCUGUAAUUGAGCUCGUCUCUUGUCCGAGUUUUCUGGAGGGCAUGGAAGCAUAAUCAAGUGUUGCCUGCUUCAAAAUUUUCUGCCAGUCCUACAGUCAAGAGAUUUAGUGGAACUCCAAGGAUGAAUUUUUCUUGGUGUAUUCUGAAUUUAUGCUAAAAAAGCUUUGAGAUGAAAUUCUUUAUUUUUUAAUGUCAGAUAUUUAUUGAAUUAUAUGUUAAUACAUUGGUAUUCAGUAUGAAUGGAAGAUUCAUUUUGUGGGUUUA